AUGGAGGUCUCUAGCCAGUCUACUAAUGGUCAAAGCACUCCCAGCUUGUUUAUGCUUGGCUCUGAGAGCAGUUCAGAUUCACAGUCAACAGGUCCUGCUUCACCUCUAGACACUCAGGGUAGUCUCUCUCAAAGCAUUUCUAGCCAGUCCACAAGCGUUCAAAGUUCACCUAGUGUGUCUACAAGCACCCAGAGCAGGUCUGCCACUCAAUUAACUUCCAGUAAUUUUUUUCCUGUGCAGGGAGGUAGUAGUUCUACUUCUAGCUUCUAUCUGAAGCCUCAGGGCACUCUGGGUCUGUAUGCCCCUGCGUCCCGUACCAAAUAUGUGAGUUCCCCCAUGUCAUCACACCCAGCUGUUUAUAGCCAGUCAAAAAGUAGCUCUGGUCCUUGGUUUGGGGGCUCUACUGGCUUUGCCUCCCAUGGAAUAAGUAGCACUUACAGUGGUUCUGUCCAGCCUCAAGGUACCACAAGUCAGUUUGCCUCUGGGUCUCCAUCCUACUAUCCAAGUGUAUCACUAUCCUCGCCACAAGGGGCCUCCAGUCAGUCUGCUACAGUCCAAAGUUCACGGAAGCAGAUUGCCUCUAGCUAUGGCACCCAGUCAGGGUCCUCUAAGCCAUUCACUCUGCAGGGAAGCUCCACUUAUGGUGGGUCACUCCAGCCUCAAGGUACCUCAAAUCAGUUUGCCUCUGGGUCUCCAUCCUCCUAUCCAAGUGUAUCACUAUUCUCACCCCAAGGUGCCUCCAGUCAGUCUGCUACAGUCCAGAGUUCACGGAAGCAGAUUGCCUCUAGCUAUGGCACCCAGUCAGGGUCCUUUAAGCCAUUCACUCUGCAGGGAAGCUCCACUUAUGGUGGGUCACUCCAGCCUCAGGGUACCACAAGUCAGUUUGCCUCUGGGUCUCCAUCCUACUAUCCAAGUGUAUCACUAUUCUCACCCCAAGGUGCCUCCAGUCAGUCUGCUGCAGUCCAGAGUUCACAGAAGCAGUUUACCUCUACCUUCACAGGCAACUCUGGCACCCAGGAAGGACCCUCUGUUCCCUUCAAAUGGCAGGGAAGCACCACCUAUGGUGGAUCACUCCAGCCUCAAGAUACCACAAGUCAGUUUGCCUCUGGGUCUCCAUCCUCCUAUCCAAGUGUAUCACUAUUCUCACCCCAAGGUGCCUCCAGUCAGUCUGCUACAGUACAGAGUUCACGGAAGCAGUUCACCUCUAGCUAUGGCACCCAGUCAGGGUCCUCUAAGCCAUUCACCCUGCAGGGAAGCACCACUUAUGGUGGAUCACUCCAGCUUCAAGAUACCUCAAAUCAGUUUGCCUCUGGGUCUCCAUCCUCCUAUCCAAGUGUAUCACUAUUCUCACCCCAAGGUGCCUCCAGUCAGUCUGCUACAGUCCAGAGUUCACGGAAGCAGAUUGCCUCUAGCUAUGGCACCCAGUCAGGGUCCUCUAAGCCAUUCACCCUGCAGGGAAGCACCACCUAUGGUGGAUCACUCCAGCCUCAAGAUACCUCAAAUCAGUUUGCCUCUGGGUCUCCAUCCUCCUAUCCAAGUGUAUCACUAUUCUCACCCCAAGGUGCCUCCAGUCAGUCUGCUGCAGUCCAGAGUUCACAGAAGCAGUUUACCUCUACCUUCACAGGCAACUCUGGCACCCAGGAAGGACCCUCUGCUCCCUUCAAAUGGCAGGGAAGCACCACCUAUGGUGGAUCACUCCAGCCUCAAGAUACCACAAGUCAGUUCGCCUCUGGAUCUCCAUCCUACUAUCCAAGUGUAUCACUAUCCUCGCCACAAGGGGCCUCCAGUCAGUCUGCUACAGUCCAGAGUUCACGGAAGCAGAUUGCCUCUAGCUAUGGCACCCAGUCAGGGUCCUCUAAGCCAUUCACUCUGCAGGGAAGCUCCACUUAUGGUGGGUCACUCCAGCCUCAAGGUACCACAAGUCAGUUUGCCUCUGGGUCUCCAUCCUACUGUCCAAGUGUAUCACUAUUCUCACCCCAAGGUGCCUCCAGUCAGUCUGCUGCAGUACAGACUUCACAGAAGCAGUUUACCUCUACCUUCACAGUCAACUCUGGCACCCAGGAAGGACCCUCUGCUCCCUUCAAAUGGCAGGGAAGCACCACCUAUGGUGGAUCGCUCCAGCCUCAAGAUACCACAAGUCAGUUCGCCUCUGGAUCUCCAUCCUACUAUCCAAGUGUAUCACUAUCCUCGCCACAAGGGGCCUCCAGUCAGUCUGCUACAGUCCAGAGUUCACGGAAGCAGUUCACCUCUAGCUAUGGCACCCAGUCAGGGUCCUCUAAGCCAUUCACCCUGCAGGGAAGCACCACCUAUGGUGGAUCACUCCAGCCUCAAGAUACCUCAAAUCAGUUUGCCUCUGGGUCUCCAUCAUCCUAUCCAAGUGUAUCACUAUUCUCACCCCAAGGUGCCUCCAGUCAGUCUGCUACAGUCCAGAGUUCACGGAAGCAGUUCACCUCUAGCUAUGGCACCCAGUCAGGGUCCUCUAAGCCAUUCACCCUGCAGGGAAGCACCACCUAUGGUGGAUCACUCCAGCCUCAAGAUACCUCAAAUCAGUUUGCCUCUGGGUCUCCAUCCUCCUAUCCAAGUGUAUCACUAUUCUCACCCCAAGGUGCCUCCAGUCAGUCUGCUACAGUCCAGAGUUCACGGAAGCAGUUCACCUCUAGCUAUGGCACCCAGUCAGGGUCCUCUAAGCCAUUCACCCUUCAGGGAAGCACCACCUAUGGUGGAUCACUCCAGCCUCAAGAUACCACAAGUCAGUUUGCCUCUGGGUCUCCAUCCUCCUAUAAUGGUCAUUGUGUAUCGUUGUCCUCGCCCCAAGGUGUUGCCGACCAGUCCAGCCAAGCAUUUCAAAGCUUUUCUGGGUCCCAAAGCCAAAAGUCUCAAAGAUGGCAGCCUUCACGAGGUAUUCAGACCUCAGGUGCAGCUGCAUCACAGGGCAGCUCUCUGUCUCAAAGCUCUCCAAUGCAGAGUUUGUUUCCUUCCCUGUCAUCAGCAGGAGGCUCAUCUUCAGGAGAUCCUGGACCGUUUGUUUCUGCACAGGGUGGUAGCAGCAGAUAUGGUGGCUUUUCUCUUCAUUCUCAAAGCCCCUCUAGCAAGUACACCCCUGGGUCUCAUGCAUAUGCCAAGCUUGCUUCCUCUCCCCUAGCUGUUUCUAGCCAGUCUACCAGUGAUAAGCGGUCAAAUGGCCUGUAUAGCUCAGACUCUCUGCGAACCCUGGGUCUCAUUGGUGUAGUUGAAAGACCCUCUAGACUCCCAUCUCAAGCUCCUUCUGACUCUACAAGCAGUAACCAGAUAUCUGAGCAUUUUGUGGCCAUGCAACGCCCCACAGGUUCAAACCUAACUCCAUCUCUAGGCUUGAGUGCCCAAGCAUCAUCUGUUGGCAUGUUCUCUGGUAUCCCACAGACUGCGCAGGCUCUACGUGAAUCUGGGUCAGAUGUCCAGCUAUACAAUCGACCAUUCCUCAAUCAGCUAUACUCCGUAAAGGGCUAA